AAAAAGAAAAUUCAUAUUUUUCAUAUAAUAUUUAUUAAAAUUUUUGCAUUUUUAGAAAAUAAAUCAAGUGUAAAUAGUGUAAAUAAGGAAACAAAGUUUUCAAUCAGCAAAUUAACAAGUUCAAUACCAUUGAAAAAGCGAGUGUUUUCUAAUCUGCUUCCUAUUCAAAAAAAAAAGAAUAAAAAAACCGAAGUGUCGUGUUGCAAAUCCAUUUUAAUACCACAACGGAGCAGAGAACGACAACAAAUCCAAUCGUAAAAGAAAAGAAACGUUCAUUCAAUAUAUAAACAGCAACAAUAUUAAAAAUAAAAAUAGCAGAUAUGAUGUUUAUGACUUCGAAGCAAUUAAAACAACACAAAUUUCUUAUAAUUAUUACAAUCUAUUGUUAUCUAUUGGAAAAAUCAAUAUUGAUGUGUAAUUGUGUUCAUGGUUAUAGAACAGAUAGUGCUGAAUCUUUACAGCAUCUGGAAACGAGUCUAUCACUACCCGACAUUUUGCCAAUACCAUCAAAAUCCUAUGAUAAAAAUCGAGCUCCCAAACUACUGGGACAACCAACGGUGGUAUAUUUUCAUGUGACGGUAUUAUCUUUGGAUUCCAUAAAUGAGGAAUCUAUGACCUAUGUAACUGAUAUAUUUCUAGCACAAAGUUGGCGUGAUCCUCGCUUACGUUUGCCUGAGAACAUGAGUGAGGAGUAUCGCAUAUUAGAUGUCGAUUGGCUGCACAGUAUAUGGCGCCCUGAUUGUUUUUUCAAAAAUGCUAAGAAGGUUACAUUUCAUGAGAUGAGUAUACCCAAUCAUUAUUUGUGGCUGUAUCAUGAUAAAACGCUGCUCUACAUGGCCAAAUUGACUUUGGUGUUAUCAUGUGCCAUGAAAUUUGAAUCGUAUCCGCAUGACACUCAAGUAUGCUCCAUGAUGAUAGAAAGUCUAUCCCACACGGUUAAUGACUUGGUUUUCAUAUGGAAUAUGACAGAUCCCUUGGUUGUCAGCAGCGAAAUUGAAUUGCCUCAGUUGGAUAUAUCGAAUAACUUUACAACAGAUUGUACGAUAGAAUAUUCAACAGGAAAUUUCACUUGUCUGGCCAUUGUUUUUAAUUUACGCCGCCGCCUGGGUUAUCACUUACUGCAUACGUAUAUACCAUCAGCAUUGAUUGUUGUCAUGUCUUGGAUCUCGUUUUGGAUUAAGCCCGAAGCAAUACCAGCACGUGUCACACUGGGUGUGACCUCACUGCUAACACUGGCCACACAAAAUACACAAUCGCAACAGUUACUGCCACCAGUGUCGUAUGUUAAGGCCAUAGACGUCUGGAUGUCUUCAUGUUCAGUGUUUGUUUUCCUAUCACUCAUGGAAUUUGCCAUUGUGAAUAAUUAUAUGGGACCGGUGGCGACAAAAGCCAUGAAAGGUUAUUCCGAUGAGAAUAUAACGGAUUUUGAUGAUAUUAAGAAUCCUCAUCGUGCUUCAAUAAUAGAACCACAAUAUGACACAUUUUGCCAAGGGCAUGCCACAGCUCUAUUUAUUGACAAAUUCUCGCGAUUCUUUUUUCCAUUUUCAUUUUUCAUACUAAAUAUUGUUUAUUGGACGACAUUUCUUUAAUCCUGGCCUAUUAUUGGAAGUUUCCUUCUGAUCACAAACACAAACACGAAGUGCCUUCUCUUACCGUAGAACAAACAACAAAAUCAUGCCAGCAAAAAACAUUUGUUUUAAAAAUGUAAAUAUAUUUAGUAAUUUGUUGGAGAUGAGACAAAAAAAGAUUACGAAACAAAACAAAAAUGCAAUAGAAUUGCAUUAAACAAUCAA